GUCUCUCUCUCAUGGAGAAUUGUAAGCAGCCACUUCUCUCCCAAAGUGAAGAUGAGCAAAUGUAUCCAGAUAAUCCACACGGCAUUCUGAUAGCAUCAAAUAGUUCUUUCUAUACAUCGUCCUUCGUUGUCGAUGAAAAUGACAUCCAGCCCAUCAAUGGAGUUAGAGAUUUCUUCAGAGAGUUCAAGGUUGAGUCAUGGAAGCUCUGGUACAUCGCCGGACCGGCCAUCUUCACCUCCAUUUGCCAAUACACCCUCGGUUUCAUUACUCAGACCUUCGCCGGCCAUCUCGGAACUCUUGAACUCGCCGCCAUCUCCAUCGAGAACAAUGUCAUCGCGGCCCUCUCUAUUGGGAUCAUGUUGGGAAUGGGGAGUGCACUGGAAACACUUUGUGGACAAGCUUUUGGAGCUGGGCAGAUCAAUAUGCUAGGGAUCUACAUGCAGAGAUCAUGGCUUAUCCUCAAUGCCACUGCCCUAAUACUGAUGCAAGUCUACAUCUUCGCCGCGCCGCUUUUGAGGCUCAUCGGACAGACAGAUGAGAUAUCGGAGGCAGCCGGAACUUUAGCAGUGUGGAUGAUUCCUCAGCUCUUUGCUUACGCGAUGAACUUUCCGAUAUCAAAGUUCUUGCAGGCGCAGAGCAAGAUCACGGCAAUGGCGGUGAUCUCCGCGGUGGCUUUACUCUUCCACACCUUCUUCAGCUGGUUGUUUAUGCUGAAGUUGGGGUGGGGACUGGUGGGUGGAGCCAUUGUGCUGAACUUGUCAUGGUGGUUCAUAGUGGUGGCUCAGCUUCUGUAUAUCCUGAGUGGGACUUGUGGUAGUGCUUGGUCUGGCUUUUCAUGGAAGGCCUUUCAGAAUCUGUGGGGGUUCGUUAGGUUGUCUCUUGCAUCUGCUGUAAUGAUCUGCCUGGAGAUAUGGUAUCUUACUGUAUUAAUUCUCUUUGCUGGAUUUUUAAAGAAUGCAGAAGUUUCGGUGGACGCCUUCUCCAUAUGCAUGAACAUCUUGGGCUGGAUAAUCAUGGAAGCUAUUGGAUUGAAUGCAGCCGUAGGAGUAAGAGUGUCAAAUGAACUCGGUGCAGCCCACCCUAGAACGGCCAAAUUCUCGGUGAUUGUGGUUGGAAUAACUUCAUUCUUGUUUGGCCUCUUCCUCGCAAUGAUUUUGAUGAUUACCCAGAAGCAGUACCCGUCCAUAUUUACAGACAAUGCAGAAGUCAAAGAGCUUGUAUAUGAGCUAACACCAUUGCUAGCACUUAGCAUUGUCAUUAACAAUGUUCAACCUGCUCUCUCCGGGGUGGCCAUAGGAGCAGGAUGGCAAGCACUUGUUGCAUAUGUGAACAUUGGGUGCUACUAUGUGUUUGGUGUCCCUGUGGGUCUCAUCAUGGGUUACAAACUUGGCAUGGGCGUCAAGGGAAUUUGGUGGGGAAUGCUGUGUGGAACAGUUUUACAGUUGUUCGUCCUUUUCUGGAUUAUUUAUAAAACAAAUUGGAAAAAGGAGGCUUCUAUUGCUGGUGAAAGAAUAAAACAAUGGGGAGGGGAAUCAGAUGUGGUAGAGCAUGAUGUAGAAAGAAGAAACCGAGACGAGAAAGCGUAACAGAAGAAGCCAUGCAUGAACAAAAUUUUGGCAAAAUUUAUUUAUUUACAAGUGAAGAAUAAUCCAACCUUGUAUCACCUUCCUUAUCCAAACAGAUUCAAUUCUUCUCAACCUGAUCACAUCAAAUUGAUCCCUUCUACUCCUCUUCUACUUCUUGUGCUUGAAAAUUCUUGGCCUAAAGUUGAAUUGGCUCAUCUUCUUCACACACACACACACACACACACCACACACACACAGUUGGUAUGCUCUUGGAUGAAGUGGUGGUGGUUGUUUUCUGGUUUUUUGAUGUACUUUUGUAUUCUUGCUGUUGUUUGGAUUUAGCCUCUCUGGUUUUCUUUUUGGUCUGCCAUGGCCUGUAACUUGGUUUGCUCUGCAACUUUGUUGGAUAUGUAAAAUCUUAUUUAAGAAAAUAAAUAAAUACUAAUAAUAAUCCAUUGUUUCAUCAAUGAUAUAUUUCAUUGGCAAAAUACAGUGCUUCUUUAAAAGUCUAGUUUUUUUUUUAAUUUUUUUUUAAUUUUAAUUUUUAUUUUUUAUCCUGAUUUUAUUGACAGUACUUUUGUGCUACAUUUUGAAAAUAUAUAUAUAUAGACACACAUACAAUGCCCAUUUUUCUCGAAAGAUUAUAUGUAUC